ACUAUUUUGUUAAGGUCAAGGGGGUAAAGAAGUCAUUUGAGAGAGAAAGCUGGUAAGAGGGGCUUGAAUUUGAAGCAUUGGAAGGUCCGAACUCCCAACUAAAGCACCAGACUUUUCAUACACAGUAAACAAACACCUCUGGCGCUGGUCGUCGCUUUUGUUUCCAACUCUUUUACUCUCUGCUCUAAGCCUUAUCGUUUUCUGUUGCAAGCAAAAGACAAACUAGUCAAUGGCCAGCAGCUCACUCCCUAACUUAGAAGAUGUGCCGUCGGUGAAUCUCAUGACGGAGCUCCUCCGUCGUAUGAAGUGCUCCUCUAAGCCUGAUAAGCGUCUCAUUCUCAUAGGUCCUCCUGGAUCAGGUAAAGGUACUCAAUCGCCAAUCAUUAAGGACGAGUACUGCUUAUGCCACUUGGCUACUGGUGAUAUGUUAAGAGCUGCUGUUGCUGCUAAAACUCCUCUUGGUGUUAAGGCUAAGGAGGCUAUGGACAAGGGUGAACUCGUUUCUGAUGAUUUGGUGGUUGGCAUUAUAGAUGAAGCCAUGAAGAAACCAUCAUGUCAGAAGGGUUUCAUCCUUGAUGGAUUUCCUAGAACUGUGGUCCAAGCACAGAAGCUUGAUGAGAUGCUUGAAAAGCAGGGAGCUAAAAUUGAUAAGGUACUCAAUUUUGCAAUUGAUGAUGCCAUUUUGGAGGAAAGAAUUACUGGUCGCUGGAUCCACCCUUCAAGUGGUAGAACUUACCACACAAAAUUUGCUCCUCCUAAGGUUCCCGGCGUAGAUGAUGUAACUGGAGAACCUUUGAUUCAACGUAAAGAUGAUACUGCUGCAGUUCUUAAGUCAAGGCUGGAGGCAUUUCACAAGCAAACUGAACCGGUAAUUGACUAUUAUAAGCAGAAGGGCGUUGUUGCAGAGCUUCAUGCAGAGAAACCUCCGAAAGAUGUCACAGCUGAGGUUCAGAAAGUGCUCUCAUAAAAUUGGGCGCAUUUUAACUUCAUUUUUUUGUUGAGAUUUUAAUCGGGUUUUGUUCCCAUAUGUAUUUUAAACAUGCUUUCGCACAUGCUGAUCCUUUUUAUUCCCCUUUUACUCUGACUACAAAUGCCGGCUAUCCCUCCUUUACUGAGGUGUUUUAACUGAGUUCAAAUCAAAAUAAAUAUAUGACUACUUUGGUGUUAUCUUUG